GAUGAGAGAUACUGCAAGAAAAGUAGAAGAAAAGUAUUUCUCCAAUCUUGCAACACAUGUAGAAUUUCUUCCAGUUGAAUGGAGGUCAAAAUUGACCCUCGAUGGAGACACUGUGGACUCCAUCACUCCAGAUAAGGUUCGAGGUUUACGGGAUAUGCUGAACAGCAGCGCCAUGGACAUCAUGUAUUACACAAGUCCUCUUUACAGGGAUGAACUGGUGAAAGGGCUGCAGCAGGACCGCCUCUAUACACUCUUCUGCUCUCGCAAUCCAGAGUUUGAGAAGAAAGGAGGGAAAGUCUCCAUUGUGUCCCACUCACUGGGCUGUGUCAUCACCUACGACAUCAUGACUGGCUGGAACCCAGUGAGGCUGUAUGAACAGCUGUUGCAGAAGGAGGAGGAGGAACUGGAGGAACGUUGGAUGAGCUACGAGGAGCAACGUUUACUUGAAGAACUUUACAUAACUAAACAACGGUUGAGAGAGAUAGAAGAGAGGUUACAUGGGUUAAAGGCAUCCACCAUAUCAAAACCACCUGUCUUAAAAUUUAAGGUUGAGAAUUUCUUCUGUAUGGGCUCUCCCCUGGCAGUGUUUCUGGCCCUGCGUGGUAUCCGCCCGGGAAGCAGUGGCAGCCAGGACCAUAUUCUGCCCAGGACGAUUUGUAAUCGCUUAUUAAACAUUUUUCAUCCCACAGAUCCAGUGGCCUAUAGGUUAGAGCCUUUAAUUCUGAAACACUACAGCAACAUUUCGCCCGUGCAGAUCCACUGGUACAACACAGCAAACCCUCUCCCUUAUGAGCACAUGAAGCCAAGUUUUCUCAACCCAACAAAAGAACCUACCUCAGCUACUGACAGCGAAAGUGCUUCGACAGUUCCGAGCCCUACCACGUCCCCAGUCAUGGUCCGACGGCACUAUGGGGAGUCCAUCACGAACAUAGGCAAAGCAAGUAUAUUAGGAGCUGCAAGUAUUGGGAAGGGCCUUGGUGGGAUGCUGUUCUCCAGGUUUGGUCGUUCCAGUGCAACCACACCACAGACCCUCGAGACAGGGAAAGACGGCGCCGAAGGGGAGGACAAGAAAGCCACGACUGUGGGGACACCACCUCUGCCACACAGCAGCUCAGGCUUUCUGGAGCCCACAAUGGAACUGGAGCACAGGAUCGACUUUGAGCUCAGGGAAGGUCUCGUGGAGAGCAGAUACUGGUCUGCAGUCACCUCACACACUGCGUACUGGUCCUCUCUGGAUAUUGCUCUUUUCCUCCUAACCUUCAUGUACAAACAAGACCAAGAAGAGACUGACAAAUCCAAUUUAGACACUAUUUGA